UCAAAAGAACGAGUUAAGUAGAAGUGAACCGGAAGAGAGAAAAAACCUGUCUAGGAAAUGAGAAUACAAAGGCAGAAGUGCAAGUGGUUGAUGUUAAACAAUGUCAUGACAGAGAGCGAUGAAGCUCUGAAAGAAUGACAGCAGACUUCAUUAAAUAGACAACAAAUAUACUUGUGAGAGUCAGGAUUCAAGUUAAUGAGAAAAAGCAGAUUGUUAUAAAGCAAGUGAAAAAGGAUACUGACUACAGCUGGAAUAUGGGUGAGUCUAGUAUCUGCCAAGUGAGGGCAACAGUCAUGCUGUAUGAUAACAAUAACAAGCGGUGGGUGCCAGCUGGAUCAGAUAGUCCCUCCUUCAGCCGCGUCCAAAUCUAUCACAACCCUGUGGCCAACACCUUCAGAGUAGUGGGCCGCAAACUGCAGGCCGACCAGCAGGUGGUGAUCAAUUGUCCCAUUGUCAAAGGGAUAAAGUAUAAUCAAGCCACACCAAGUUUCCACCAGUGGCGGGAUCCCAAACAGGUGUGGGGGCUGAACUUUGGCAAUAAGGAGGAUGCUGCCCUUUUUGCCAGCUCAAUGAUGCACGCCUUAGAGGUUCUCAAUGCAUCAGGCACAGACCCGGCUCAGAAUGGACCCUCUGCACAUGAGCUGGAAACCCAAAGAAGACUAGAGCGACACAGGCAGGAACAGCAGGAGAAGGGGCAUCUGGAGAGAGAGAGGCAGAGCUCAGCUGCUGCAGCUGACCCUGUUGCUCCUCCUGCCCCGCCGGCUGGUCCACCCACCCCACCGGCAACUCCACUACCCUCCUCAGGACCGUGCCUACCUCCACCCCCACCAACUUCCUCGGGACCUUGCCCACCUGCUCCUCCACCACUUCCUCCUGGGGGCAUAGUCCCCCCUGCACCACCCCCACCCCCUGCUGGAGGAAAUGGCGGUGGCAGAGGUGAAAGUGGAGGAGGAAAUGAUCUGGCUGCAGCACUGGCAGGAGCCAAACUGCGUAAAACAAUCAAGGAUGAGGGAGGGGCAGCAGCUCCAUCCCCAAAGUCAGCAUCUUCAUCUAGUGGAGGUGGAGGAGGGUGUCUAAUGGGAGAAAUGAGUGCCAUGCUUGCUAGGAGGAGGAAAGCUGCUGACAAUCCUGCUGCAAAAAAUCUAGAACCUCACAAUGAGGAUUGCGACUCCUCUAUAUCAAAAUUCUCAGGACCAGGAGAAAUCAAUGAAAAACCCAAAGAAAAAUCUGCCACUAUUCCAAGGCCCAACUCCUUAACCAACCAUCAAAAGGACUCCAGCCACAACUCCUCCAAUUCCACCUCCUCCUCUAACUCUGUCACUACCCCAGUCUCCAGAUUUCAGGUGGUGAAAAAGAACUCAGAUGGUGCAGGAAGUGGUUGUGAUUUGGAAAGAAUCAAACAGGAAAUUAUUGAAGAAGUGAAAAAAGAACUUCAAAAAGUGAAGGAGGAGAUUAUCACAGUAGUGAUCCAGGAGCUGCAAAGUGCACAGCUAAAGGGUGAAGACUGAAAGACGAAGAAUGGAUGAAGAGAACAAUUAAUAAAUGUGAAUGUUUUAUCAUGCUAUGCUCAGGCAAUUUACAUAUUUAUACCUGAUAGAAAUUGUGCUAAUUCAACAUAGUCAAAAUAUCAAUUCUAAUUUUGGCAUUUUAGACACAAAUCUGUUAAAGAUAUAUGGGCCAAUAUUUUAUUUAUUUUUUACACAUUCCCAAACAUUUUUGAUGAAAUUGUUUUGUUCUCUAAAGAAUCAUGACUCCAUUUUGUACUAAUCAAGACAUGUUGUAUUUGAAAAAUGAACUCUCUGGUGGACAAAUGUUAAGGAAGGCACGGUUUAUAAAUGACCUCAAACAUAUCUUGGGCAUUUCUGUAAAACCAUUUAUUUUUACCCAGUACAGCAUAUGCAACAG